AUGGCUCCUACAUCAGAGAUGAGCGUCGAUUCGGAUAGUUCGUCGAGCAGAUCGAGCUCUCCGGAGCAAGUUUCGAAGGCAAAGUCGAAAAAAGACACGAGGGAAAAGAAGAGCUCGGAGAUUGUGAGCGAGGCGUCGGAAUCGAGUUCGGAAGCAGAAGGCUCCAGUGAAGAGAGCGAGGAUGAAACCAGUUCAAAUAAGAGACCCUCGAAGUCCUCCAAAUUAGCUCUCACACCUGCUCAAGCUUUUAAGCCUCCGUCGGGAUUCAAGUCGGUUAAGAAAGUCUCUCCUUCGACCAAUGUCUCAUCCCUCCUCGCGAACCUUCGCGGCAAGCAGAUCCUUCACAUUACGGCACCAGCAUCGCUUCCGAUCGCAAAGAUAAAAGAGGUGUCCCUGGCGAAGGUCAUGGCGGGUGAACCGGUCAUCACGCACGAGGGUGUCAGCUACGGAAUUCCGCCCGAGACUCUGGUUCAGCCCGAGGCGAACGGAAAGACUCUGCUUCUCUUCAAUUCCAAAACCCAAACGUAUUCCAGCACCUCAGCUACCAACAUCCGCAGCUAUCAUCUUCAAGAAAUCGCCAAUAUCCAGAACGGCAAGCAUGACGAAAAGACCAUCCUGGCGCUCCGCGACAGCGUGAAGCCUCCGAGAGCACAGCCCAAGCACAUGAAGAUGCGCUUCCGCCCCGUCGGGAGCCACGCGGCACCACCAGAGACCCUGGGGUCGAGUUCCGAGUCCGAGGCAGACGACGAACAGCCCACAUUCAAAGUCCCCAAAGGCGACGAGCGCAAGCGUAAACACCCCCACCCGGAGAUAGACGGGUCUCAGCCAAUCGCUCUGCCGCGAAAGAAAUCGAAGAAGCAGUCCUCAUCCCAGGAUAACGGGGCGCCAAAUGACCAGGAGCGAGGGCAUGAGAAGGCCAAGAAAUUGAAGAAGAACCGCGAUGAGACCAGUGAACGGAAAGAUAAAAAGCGCAAGAAGGCCGAAAAGGCAGCGUGA